AUGCAGAUGUACAUUGCUGGAUGCCUACGAUUCGUAGAGCUGGCGAUCGCCGUCCUUCGUGGCCACGAGCGUAGCGCCGAGGCACAGCAACGUGCGACUAUGGCGCUGCAGGCCCUUCUGCGGCUGUCCACAGCCCCUGGGGGCGAAGGUGAGGAUGCGGCGAUCGCUCGGCUAGUAAGUUUGGAGGCUGUGCCUCUUCUGGUGCGUGCACUCCAGAACUAUCCAGACGAUCCGGAGAUACAGGAGCGUGGUUUGGAUGUCCUCCGCAUUGUUGCGACCGGAGGACGCCUACCUGAGGUGGAGGAUAGCCUGUUUGACCUGGGUGUGGUCCAGAUGUUGGUGGAGGUGAUGAACCUCAACAUCUCUAAGCCAAAAAUCCAG